UUCAGGAACCUCCCCGACUUCUGGGCCCCUUUAGCUCGCCCUGGCUUGCUCCCCACCUAGGCCUGGCGGUUGCCCACCCGAGCAGGUAGCUCAGCCCCUGGGAGUUCAGUGCGGCGAACCAGGAGAAAGGGCUUGGUUUGCGGACCCGGGAGGAUAGGCUAGGAGACCGGUUGUGAUUGGAACCCUGUUUUGGGCAGAGGGACCGCUUGAACCUAGUUAGGGUCCCGAGGUCAAAGCCUUGGUGUCUCGAGAGGAUAAGCAUUUGCAGCCCCUUAAAGGGUGUCCGGAGAGGCGAGGCCGUCCUGCCCGGUGCGCCCGCUGACUUCAUGCCCCGGGGCGCGUGGGUCACAUGUCGCGCUCCGCCUGCACACCGCCCCCAGCCGGCCGGCGGUCUGGAGGGACCACGCUAGUUUCGGGGUUAGGGUCAAAAUUAUGCUUGGAGAGGCUGUAGUCUGGACGCUUCGGGGGCGGGCUUUCGCCAGUUCAACUAUUUUGUGCCCUGGCAUACGGUUCCUCCCGUUUCCCUUCCAAGAGAGGCUUAAGGAAGGAAAGGAGCUGUUGGUGGUGGGCGGUGCCGACCUGACCCGAGACAGCUUGGAAGUGCCGGGUAUUUCGCGAUCUUCCUCUCCGGCGGAGACGCCCAGGUUGGCGGGCGCUUUCCUGCUCCCCGGCCGCCGCUAACACAAAGCCGGUGGACUUCGCUCCAGGUGUGAGGGGAGGCCUCUCAAGCCAGGUAUAAUUACUUCAAGCCUCCAGGAUGGCCAUCCAGUUCCGUUCGCUUUUCCCCUUGGCAUUGCCUGGAAUGCUGGCACUCCUCGGCUGGUGGUGGUUUUUCUCUCGUAAAAAAGAGCACGUAAACAGCCAUGAAAAACAGGUAGAAGCCAGCGCUGUGCAGCUGAGGGCCGACCCUGCCAUCAGUGAACCACUCCCUGUGGAAGACGCCUGUCCUGGUGUAGUGUCCACACCCCCCAGUGUCUCACAGCCACCAGAGAAGGAGCUGUCCACCGCAAGCAAUCCUUCCACAGAGCCCCCAGCCUUGCUGUGGGCCCAUCCAGCCUAUCGUAGAUCAGAGUCCUCAAGCAGCCUUCCUAACGCCACGGACUUGAGAUUUCGACCAGGAACGCACAAAGACGACAGUGCAAGGGUGGAACUAGCCCUGACGGGCGAUGAAGCCAAGUCUAUUCCUCCAGAGUGUCCCUUUCCAUCCCCGAAGGGUGUUCCGUUCCCCCAUGAAGCAGUUGAGGCGUGUAAGCGAGAGUCUGUGUUCAGGACGGCAGGGCGGGGCCAGCAAGGCCAGUCUGUAGUCCCCACCGAGAAGCACGGCCCUGGGGAGAAGGCAAGAGAGACAGGUGGGGCGGAAGGCACUGGUGAUGCAGUGUUGGGAGAAAAUGUGCUGGAAGAAGGUAUGUUGUCCCAGGAGCAUGGCUCUGAAUUGCAGAAUGGCAAGGCUCCCGGCCUAGCUCCCUUGGGAGGAGGGGGAGAGGAAGGAAAGAGCAGCCCGCUUCGGGUGGAAGAGGGUGCAGUAGGGAAGUUGUUGAGUAGCUUCGAGUCGGCUCAUGCAGAGCUGGCGAAGGAUGAUGAGAUGCCGGCACCCCAGGUCAGAGGUAGCAGAGCCUGGGACGGAGACUUCACAGGAGAACUGGGCAAAGAAGAGACCUUGGAUAAAAAUGAGAAGAUUGAACAGGCUGCAUUCCAGAUCAUUUCCAAAGUGAUCUUGGAGGCAACCGAAGAAGUGCUGGCCGCCACGAGGGGCAAGAUUGCAGGUCGAGUGUAUCAGGCCUCAGCUGGUCAGCUCCAAGGGCAGGCGGAGGAGAGCUGUGUCUCGGUCAGCCAGAAAUCUGCCCUGGUGCAAGAUGUGGGAGAGCCCACUCUGGCCACAGUGGAGGCAGCCGCGGGCCCGUCAGAUGCUGCCCUUCCCUCGCCAGGCCUGCCGGCAGAGGACCUGCCACCACCAAAGACGUACGUGAGCUGCCUCACUAGCCCUCUGUCCAGCCCCACCAAGGACGGGAAGCCAAAGAACUCCGCGCACCACAUCUCCCUGGCCCCCUGCCCACCACCGGCCACCACCCUCGGAGAGUCGCUAGACGAGGCAAGCGUCCUGGUGGAAGAAGCUGGCUGUGUCACCUGCACGUCUGACUGCAGCCAGGGUGUCUCUUCAGUGGCCUCCUCUGGGCAAUGCUCAGAUUCUGUCAGCACUUCAGGGCUCGAAGACUCGUGUACUGAGACCAACUCAAGCCCCAGGGACAAGGCCAUCACCCCGCCGCUGCCAGAAAGUACUGUGCCCUUCAGCAAUGGGGUGCUGAAGGGAGAGUUGUCAGACUUGGGGACUGAGGAUGGAUGGACCAUGGAUGCGGAAGCAGAUCAUUCGGGAGGUUCGGACGGGAACAGCAUGGACUCGGUGGAUGGCUGCUGUGGCCUGAGGAAGACUGAUGGUUUCCCGAGUGCCCAGGCAGGCUCCAGUCCUAACAAGGUCGACCUCAUCAUCUGGGAGAUCGAGGUGCCCAAGCACCUAGUCGGUCGGCUAAUCGGCAAGCAGGGACGGUAUGUGAGUUUUCUGAAGCAAACAUCUGGUGCCAAGAUCUACAUCUCCACCCUGCCUUACACCCAGAACAUCCAGAUCUGCCACAUAGAAGGCUCUCAGCAUCAUGUAGACAAAGCGCUGAACUUGAUUGGGAAGAAGUUCAAGGAACUGAACCUCACCAAUAUCUACGCGCCCCCACUGCCUUCGCUGGCACUGCCUUCUCUUCCAAUGACUUCCUGGCUCAUGCUCCCCGACGGCAUCACUGUGGAGGUGAUCGUGGUCAACCAGGUCAACGCUGGGCACCUGUUUGUGCAGCAGCACACACACCCUACCUUCCACGCGCUGCGCAGCCUGGACCAGCAGAUGUACCUCUGCUACUCCCAGCCUGGAAUCCCCACCUUGCCCACCCCGGUGGAAAUAACGGUCAUCUGUGCUGCUCCUGGCGUGGAUGGUGCCUGGUGGCGAGCCCAAGUGGUGGCCUCCUACGAGGAGACCAACGAAGUCGAGAUUCGCUAUGUGGACUACGGUGGCUAUAAGAGAGUGAAAGUGGACGUGCUCCGGCAAAUCCGGUCUGACUUUGUGACCCUGCCGUUCCAGGGAGCAGAGGUCCUUCUGGACAGCGUGAUGCCCCUGUCAGAUGACGACCGCUUUUCACCUGAGGCGGAUGCAGCUAUGAGCGAGAUGACAGGAAACACAGCGCUGCUGGCUCAGGUGACAAGUUACAGUCCGACUGGCCUUCCUCUGAUUCAGCUAUGGAGUGUGGUUGGAGAUGAAGUGGUGUUGAUAAACCGGUCGCUGGUGGAGCGAGGACUUGCUCAGUGGGUGGACAGCUACUACGCGAGCCUCUGACCCCCGCCCUCACAGCCGAUUCUGGAGUCUUUUUUGCACUGUUGAAAUUGGGCUUGGCACUCCAGGCAAAGACUUGACAUCAGAAUAACAAACGUCCUCCCCAGAAA